AUGGAGUCUACAGUAGACACUUUGCAACAAUCAGACGUUCCAGCGAAACAGGAGGCGGGAAGUCGCUCCAACACCCUUAUCCCACUAACCGGCAACGAGUUUCCAUUCAUCUUGCCCAUGCCCACAGAGGGCGAUGAUCUUGAGACGACUGCUCGAAAGAUGCAGAGCAUUGCCAGCGUCAUUUCCAGUGGCCGCACCUUGUCAAUGACCUCGGGCGAGAGAUCUACCACAAAUGACUCAAAGCGCAAGCAGAGGCGCACUGCAGAAGACUUUGCUAAAGAACGUAUGACGGGCCCGGAGAUAGCUCAGUACAAUGCAUGGAAACAGGGCCUUAUUCAGCUACCCACAUUCGAUUGGUAUCAGAACCGACUCCCGGUGGCCCCGACAGGCAUGCGAACUUUUUCACGACGUGCCAUCGCCAUGGACAUUAUCUGGGAACGGUCGGGGUUCGCUCCAGAGCAUGCCGCCUGGCUCGCCGUCAAUAUGAACUUUCUGCUGCCCGUUGUCAAAGCAGUCACAAAAGUCCUCGGGGCUGCAGAAGAACUUCAACGAAACGAACAUCCACAGAUGUCCGAUCGCGAUAUUGCCGAGAUGGAUAUGCUGCGGCUUAUCAACAGUACCGCCGAAGAAACCGUGACACGCGAGCGAGAGCGAAUGAGAAUGCUGGUGGACUCCAUCCACAGGUCGCAAGCGGUGCUAACGCACCGAAUUAAAACCCUUGAGAAGUAA